AUGGCUACGUUUAAUGGUAAGAAUAUCGCCGAGAGUAUGGAAGCUUUGAGAUUGUUAGAUCCUGAGCCCAACUCGGAGAGAUCAGUGAAAGAUCUACUUCAAAAAUCUCAAAAUCUGAUGACGGAACUCGAACAAUUCAAGGCUCUUUUGAAAGAGCGAAAGCAAGGCAAGACAGUUGAACUAAGACACUUCUCGACAAAUCUCCAAUCUGAGAUCAAAUCUUUAACAAGACUUGCAAACUUAGACCCGGAAGAUGAAAAGGUCGCCCAUACAGUUAGCUCUUCGAAUUUUCCAUUCUAUUCCGCUGUUUGGAAUACAGCAAAGGGUUGCAAGGAAACGCUUCUUUUGGACUACUGGUCAAACUUUGCUCAAUCUAAACGAGGUGGCCUCUCAGCGCAGAGCAAUAUUAAAAGUGUGGAAGUCGAUGUCGUAGCUGGAGAGGAUCUUGAAUGGGUCAAAGUCAAUACAAUUACUGCUCGAAGGAUGAUAUUUGACCUAGCCAAGGCCGGAUGGGCCGAAGACGAUUCAACUGAUGAUGAAGAUGAGAAUUCUUCUCGACUAGACUCAGACGAUGAAUCAGAAGGCCUUUUAAAGCAAGCCAAGUUGCUCGUGGAAGCUUCUAAACUGGCCAGAACCAAAUACCGGUACCCAUCAGUACGUAUGGUACUUCCUAGAAUCACACGAGAUUGUCCCAAGCAGGUGGCUAGUGUUUUACAAGAAAUUCGGGAAUUGAGAGUUACAGUGCAGAUAUUUGAAGACAUUCCUACAAGCCUUGAGAUAUCGACAGUUCUCCAGCGUAUGGUAGUAGACCCAUUUGAGAAAUUCUCCGAAACACUUAACGUUGAUUGUACGAUGAUAUUUGCAUUUAUUAGUGAUCUUUCACAUGGCCAAGUUGAAUCAAAAGACUGGCAUCAUCGCUUUUUGAUUAAACAAAUGGAAAUGGAAAGCGAAGAUCAGCUCUUACCUAGUAUUGUCUGGCCUGCAUGCGGUGCUAGAAAGCUCAUAUGUACUCGUGAGGCAGUCGCAAGAGCCCAAGAAAUCAUAGAUACAAUUGGAACAGACACCGAAAAGAAAAGAAUGGAACUAAUUUUCGGGUUCAAUCAUGAGUCGACAAGAGACAAGCUGGCGGAGGAAUUUCAGAAGCUCUCCGAGUAUAGCAUUCCUCUGGAAUGGCAGUUACCAAUUUCCAUAGUUGAUGUGAAUGUAACCAUUAUCAAAUCCGAGCUUCCUAACGUCGUUUAUGACGUCUCAAAAGUUUUGACUGGUGUUAAUCAGUCCGUGUUCCUGUACGGAUGGGCGUCUAGAUUGACAACAAUUAGUAGCAAUCGUGUUGUUGCUAAAGAAAUCGAGGCCACGAUUGAAGCAAACAGAGGUUCUGUGGACGUUCAGGGCCCGGACAUCUGGUUGUCUCCAAUGGCACGAUCUCUUGUAGGAAAAGAAAAACAGCGACGGGGAUUCAAAGAAUGA